AUGAAUUCGCCCGGGGCGAUGGCCUCGCCCGACCCGAUGAUGGCGGCGCUGACGCUGUCGCUGAUGGCGAUGCCGACGCUGGCCGCCGAAGGCGACUCCCCCAACUACUCGUCACGGUCGAAACAGACCCGCCGCCUGGUCGCCUGCAAAAGCUGCCACUCCCUCAAAGUGAAAUGUACUCCGGCCAACCCCGACGACCCCGCGGGACCGUGUUUGCGCUGCCUCAACGCCAACCGUACUUGCGAGAUCGACUUGACGCAAACCCGCAAGCGCCGCCGCAAGGAGCCCGGCGUGCUCACCCCCGAGUUGAAGGGGACCACUGACGCCGAAACCAUCGCCAAGUUGCAGAAGAAGGUCGACCAGUUGGAGCGGUUGUUGGCGCGCAAACAGCCACAAAAGCCCGUCGACCUGCCCGACGGCCUGGUCGACCUGCCGCCGUUCGUGUCCAAAAACGACUUGGAGCGCGAGAUCCUGAUCCUCGUCGACUCGCUGAGCAAGUUGCUGGACUUGACCAACUCGCUCAAGGACAUCGCCCUGCGCCGCACCCAGUUGCUCACCCAGACGAGGAUUAAGGACAUUGUCAGUGCUGGCCACAUCACCGAGGCGGAGGCGGCAGAAAGACUACACCUCUACCGCACCCGCAUUUACCAGCAGCACCCGUUUGUCGAGAUCCCCGCCAACUACGGCGUCACCGAGAUGCGCCGCGAGUUGCCGUUUCUUUUAAACCUGAUCGUCAGUAUCACUAACCCUAUUGCGGGGCUCGAGCUCUCGCAAGAUAAGGCGUUGAUCUACGAUAACUUCGCCGUGGAGACGUUGGCGCUCGAAGUGUUGGCGGUAGGGUCAAAGCUGAUCCAGCUCAUCCAGUCGUGCUUGCUUCUUUGUCUCUGGUAUAACUCGCCAGAAUUGUUCAGACAGCGGCGCUACCAGUUGCUCAACUCGUUAUCGGUGCUGAUGUUACACGAUUUGGGUAUUGUCAGCCGCCCCAACUAUUACUAUACGGACCAGGGGGGACCGCUAUCUACGAAUUCCUACCAUAGCGUCAACGAGGUGUCUCAAGACUAUCGAGCAAUGGUGUUGGUAUUGUAUUUCAGCACUGUGAGCAUCUGUCUUAUUCUCCGCCGGUCGAUCUACGUCAAGUGGACCCCUUACGUUGAGGAGUGUUGUCUGAUACUCGAACGACUGACUGAGAAGCGCUGGUACAAUUUGGCGGUGUUUUCCAGAUUAUCUAACGCGCUUGACAAAAUCCAUCAUAUCGUCCACGCGCUGGAGAUCCUGGAAAGACGCAACUCGUCGUCGCUGUUUGUGAUCCACGAGCUCCAAAAACUGCUUUCCAUCAUUCGCAACAAGAUCUCCCACGACGACCACCGCACUUUAGCAUACUACUUCUCGGUAGAAGCAUAUUUGCACGAGCCCAACUUGGGUCAAAUAUUUGAUGGUGAGGACCAGGAAAACGCCCGCUUGACCACCAACUCCAUCCGCGCCAUCUCCAACUGCACCAACUCCUGUUUGAAUGCUCUUGACGAGUUCUGCAAGUUGCAGCCCCAGGAGGUGGUCACCAUCCCCUUUUUCUACGCCCUGCGGAUUAUUUACACCGCCGGCAUGCUCUUGCGGCUUCGGUUCUUGAUUUUAUCGGUGUCGUCGUUGAUUGAAAAGGACUUGGUCCCGCAAAAGGCGAUCUUCGCCAUCCAAAAUGUAAAUAGGUUGGUUGACGCGUCGCUGCUGCUCUCAAACCACAACUACUUCUUGAGAAAGACAAGAUUGGUGCUCCAGCUUUUCAUCCAAACAUACACCAGCCAGGUCCAGGAACUUCUCCGCAAAAACGGUGCUACCCCUCAAAACUUAAAACCCCAAUUAUACAGCCGCACCGAACUCUCAGAGAUGAGCCGGUUGGGUCAACUAUACACCAGCGGUAAGGAGAUUGAAAAUAAUGUGCUUACUAAUGAAAACGGCCAAGUGGGCAACCAACCGCUUGAAAUACUACUGUACGCCGCUGGAGUACAACGUGACAAGGAACUGCAACCACCACCGCCACCACCGCAACAACGAACACAACAGCAACAACAACCACUGCCCGCGCCCCGGGUGCCCACAGCUGGUUCAUCGAGUAUUCCUCCGGCGCUUGCCUCCAACCCGGCAAUGAUGGCCCGGGCCAACGCCAUCAACGCCGCCAACUCGCUGCCGACGCAGAUGGGGGCAAAGUACCCCAUGAACAACAUGGCUAACCCGUCACGCAACAACUCCAUGAUCAGUGACACGUUGCCCGAGCAACUCGAGAACCUGUACCUUGCCCUUAAUGACGAAUUCUGGACAGAUUUGUUGAGUCAGGACUCAGAUAAAGUCAAUUUCAGCAAUAAUUUCAACCCGGGUACAGGGCUGGAGGAAGUAUUUUUUAUGAGCUAG